UGUCAAAGGAAUGUUUUGUGAUUGGCGUUUCACAGCUGAUGGGCCCCUCCGAUGUAACCACUGUCGCAAAAUCAAAAUAAAAUGGAAAACGAUGGGGCCCAAGAGCCAGACAACAACGUAUACAGUAGCAAAAUCAUUAUUAUAGGUGCCGGAAUGGCCGGUCUUUCAUCAGCCUACCAUUUAAUCAAAAACGGCUUCACCGACUUUAAAAUUUUAGAAGCCAGAGACAGAAUCGGCGGUAGAAUCGUACAGAUUCCUGUCGGUAAUGAAAAAGUAGAACUCGGAGCUAAUUGGAUACAUGGUGUUUUAGGUAAUCCAGUAUACGAAUUAGCAAUGCAGCACGGGCUUGUAGACAUAAUGGCCUAUCCUAAGCCACACAAAUUAGUAGCAGCUACGGAACAAGGAAAGCAAGUAGCUUUUAUAACUUUGCGAGAGACUUAUGAGGCAUAUUUGUGCUUUCUAAAGCGUUGCGAAGAGUAUUUCAUCUCUCAGUAUUCCCCUCCGGAGGGCAUAGACAGCGUAGGCGAUCAUUUAAGGUUAGAAAUAAGUUUAUAUUUAGACAAAAUCCAGAACCAGAACGAACGACAUUUAAAAGAAUUGAUAUUUGAGUGUUUGUUGAAACGAGAAACUUGUAUAUCGGGCUGUGAUGAUAUGAGUGAAAUAGAUUUGUUGGAAUUGGGUAGCUACGAGGAGUUGCAAGGGGGUAAUAUAGUGUUGCCGAAUGGGUACAGUUCAAUUUUGGAGCCAUUAAAGCAAGCCAUACCUGCAGAUAAAUUAUUAACGAAUCAUCCCGUGAAGACUAUCAAAUGGAGUAGUAGAAAGGUGACAAAUUGUGAUUCUAUUCCAGAAGAUAGCGACUCUGAUGAUUCGGAUCGUACUGUGAUAGAAUCACCAUUGAAUUCUAAUCAUUCUAGUAGGGAAUCGAGUUGCGAGAAGACCCUGGGAAAGCACAAGGUUGAAAUAGUCUGUGAUAAUGGUAAAAAGUUCUUAACGGAUCAUGUAAUUUGUACUAUACCAUUAGGGGUGUUGAAAUGUUGUGCUGCCACAAUGUUUCAACCCCCUUUGUCUGAUUAUAAACUGGAAGCCAUAGAUCGAUUGCUGUUUGGGACUGUAGACAAGAUCUUGCUGGAAUACGAUCGGCCAUUUUUGCAUCCCAACAUCACCGAGGUGUUGUUACUGUGGGAAGCAGAGUCAGAAAAAGAACCGGACAUCACCAAAAAUUGGUAUAAAAAAAUCUAUUCAUUUACGAAAAUUUCGGAAACCGUUAUUCUAGGUUGGAUAUCUGGCAAAGAGGCCGAAUAUAUGGAAACUUUAACCAACGAUGUGAUCAUAGAUACAUGUACGAAAAUUUUAAGGAAAUUUUUGAAUGAUCCUUUUAUACCUAAACCAAAAAAUUGCGUUUGUACGAGUUGGCACAGUCAGCCAUACACAAGGGGCUCCUAUACAGCUCUGGCAGUCGGGGCUUCGCAAAUAGACAUAGAAUUGUUGGCACAACCUAUUUAUUAUGAUGAGAGUGAGAAAGAGCCUGUUCUUCUGUUUGCUGGUGAACAUACGCACAGCAGUUUCUAUUCGACGGUUCAUGGAGCUUAUUUGAGUGGCAGAACUGCUACACAAAUCCUCAUGCUGGCGGAUCACCAAGACGAAAUCGUGAUGGAUGUGGACGGCGACAUCACUGACUUAAGUACGUGGGUCCAAGGCAUACGCUUGGAGUGAAAAAGCGCCUUAGUAGAUUUGUUUUUCGGUUAAAAAGUUUGAUAAUAACAGCAACACUAGUAGAACAGCUAACAAACGGCGUACUGCUCAGGAGUUAAGGAGAUAAUUGGUUGCCGUGACGUGGUAUUUGAAAUAACGAUUUAAGAUCAUCGACAAGUAAUACUUUUGUGGUGUGUCAAAUGAAAAAAUCAACAUAUUUGGAUAUCUCGUUUAUAAAUGGCCGAAGCGCUUACCGGAUUUUCUCCAUUCGGUUUUUAGCAUCUGUUUUUGGUAUACCAUCUGAAUAUUUGAAUAAUUUUGAAAUGAACGAUAUGUGAAGACAGGCAAAACUAUUAUAGCUUUUUUUUUAACUGAUUGCAGAAGAGUUAUAUUUGAGAAAUCGAUUUUCAAAAUUUAACAAACUCAACUAAAUUUCCUGCUCUUUACGAUGGAGUAAACUGCGUUUUUCUAUAUUUCUUAUUUUUCGUGGUAAAUGCUUGAACGUUGGAUGAUGUUUUAUCUGAGAAUUUCCAU